CCCUCUAUAUCCACCCCCACCCUCCUCCUCCUCCCUCCGCAUUACCCACCCCCUUCUUUCCACACACCCCCACAGCUUGUACAAUUUGGGCUCUGGGUUUUCCGAUUACCCACCAAAUCUUCCCUAAAUUACUUUAAAACCUCCGAUUGUAAGCGAUCGAUAGGAAGAUUCGGACUGGUGGGUUGUAAUCGUUCGAUGAAGAGAGCAUCAUCGGGGGACGAUUCGAUGGCGGCGGCGAGUUCGGCGGAUGUCAAGAUGAAGAGGAUUAAGGUGGAGGAAGAGGAGGAGGAGAUGGUGGUUGACUGCGUUGACCAGGAUGAGCUGAAAGGGGCGGGGUUUUCGAAUCUGGACGACAAUCUGAUCUUCGAGGUGUUCAAGCACGUGGACGCGCGGACGUUGGGGGUGGCGUCGUGCGUGAGUAAGCAGUGGCACAAGACGGCGGAGGACGAGCGGCUCUGGGAGCUGAUAUGUACCAGGCAAUGGGCUAACAUCGGCUGCGGCAACCAGCAGCUGAGAUCUGUGGUCCUCGCGCUUGGCGGAUUCCGGCGGCUCCACUCCCUAUCCAUCUGGCCGUUCAGUAAGCCCUCCUCCGCCUCUUCCAGCUCUGCUCCUUCUUCUUCCUCGUCGGGUGCGUCCUCCUCGGCUUCGCCUUGGGCGACGGCUCCGGUGAAGCCGAUGCCGAAUCCAAAGCCGCCAACCGCUCGUUGGGGAAAAGACGAGGUGAAUCUGUCGCUCUCGCUUCUCUCGAUUCGGUUUUAUGAGAAGAUGAACUACGCGAACAGGGGAAGAUGAUCAGAAAUUAAACUCCACAAUGAAAUUAUAUAUAUUAUAUAUAUCUCGUAAUUUCAGUUGGGUUUUCCCUCUUUAGAUUUGAGUUUUUUCUCUCUAAAUUUCCCUGAUUUGGAUCUGUAAUUCUUGUUAGAUUUUGAAUCCUUUUGUGUAAACUAAGGUAAUUUCUGAAUUAUUAUGCACUGUAAUUCCACAAUUUGAUCUAUUGGAAUUUGGGUUUGCUUUC